AAGUGCAGAGAAAAAUUCUCUUCCUCCUCUGUGGAACCAUUAUCCUUGCUCCAAAAAUUCAUGGUAGUUGUUGUGUUGCUAUUUCAUGAUCAUCAUCAUCAAAGAUGUUAUGCAAUUACUAUUACUAAUAACCAAACAUAUUGUCCAUCCUCAUCAUGUGGCACAAUCAGAAACAUAAAACAUCCUUUUCGACUUCAGAAUGAUCCAGCAAACUGCGGUGAUCCGAGGUAUGAGUUAUCCUGCGAAAACAACAUCACAACGUUAACUUUGUUUUCAGGUAAAUACUAUGUGAAAUCAAUCAACUACAGAAACUACUCAAUGAGAGUAGUUGAUCUUGGAAUUCAAGAAGGUGAUUGCUCCUCCAUGCCUCGCUAUUUCUUAACCGCAGCCAAUUUCACAAGUUCUUACGAUUAUAAUUACCACGGGGAUCCAUAUGAAUUGGGUAACGGUCAAUCUCUGGUUGAGCACGUAAUAUACUUGAACUGUAGCAAUCAAGUGAAGAACGAUCCUCUGUACGUGGAUACAUCUCCGUGUAGAAUCAACUCUGCAAAUAACAGCUAUGUUUAUGCAAUUGAUAGGGACUUUAGUGUUGGUGAAUUAAAUGUUGGUUGCCGUGUGAAGAUUGUUACUAUAUCAUCAGCUCCAGCUUUAAUCGUCACCGAGGGAAGACAACCUUUUCCGUACAAGGAAAUUCAUAGACUUCUAAGCUAUGGAUUUGAACUUUCGUGGAUGAGACGUGGUUGUGAAGAUCAUUGUGACAAUAACAAUCAAAACUGCUUCAUGGAUUACAACGCCGGAUAUCUUGUAUGUCAAAAUGAUGAUUGCAUAACUCCAUUGGGACUUCAAAUAAAUUGUGUACAUUUGUCAAAGAUGCGCAUAUUGAUUGAAGAUGUUAUACUUGGCAUUGUUAAAGGACUACUCCAAAUAGUCGGCGUGACAAAAAGUUCAGAAUUAGCAGGUGGAGAAUUUGAUUUAUCCAACAAAGUUUCUGAUUCCAAAAUUGCCAUUAAAUUAGGAAGAAUAAGUGGAAGGUAUAUCUUGCCAUCAUUGGUAAUGAGAUUUACGACGGGCCUUGUAGUUUUCUUUGUGCUAUUGAUAUAUACAUGUCGAAGAAAACAUGCCUCAAUUUACGAAAAUAUUGAAGUUUUUCUUCGUGGAAGUACCAUGAUGCCAAUCAGGUAUUCAUACAAAGAUAUAAAGAAGAUGACUAGAAGUUUUAAGGUCAAGUUAGGUGAAGGAGGGUUCGGUUGUGUUUAUAAAGGAAAUUUAAUUAGUGGUCCAUUUGUGGCCAUAAAGAUGUUGGGUAACUCUAAGGGUAAUGGGCAAGACUUUAUUAAUGAAGUUGCAACCAUAGGAAGAAUACACCAUGCAAAUGUGGUUAGACUUAUUGGUUUUUGUUUUGAGAGAUCAAAACGUGCACUUGUUUAUGAAUUCAUGCCCAACGGCUCUCUUGAUAAAUACAUUUCCUCUAAAGAUGAUGUUAUUGAUCUAACUUGCAAGAAAAUGUAUGAGAUAUCUCUUGGAGUGGCUCGUGGAAUUGCUUAUUUGCAUGAAGGAUGUGACAUGCAAAUCUUGCAUUUUGAUAUCAAGCCCCAUAACAUCCUUCUUGAUGAGAACUUUAUUCCCAAAGUUUCAGACUUUGGUCUGGCAAAGCUUUAUCCAAAUGACAUUAGCAUUGUCACUUUAACUGCAGCUAGAGGAACAAUUGGAUACAUGGCUCCUGAAUUGUUCUACAAAAAUAUUGGAGGAGUAUCCUACAAGGCCGAUGUAUAUAGCUUUGGAAUGCUUUUGAUGGAAAUGGCAAGUAAGAAAAGAAAUUUAAAUCCACAUGCCGAUCGUUCAAGUCAAAUUUUCUUUCCCAUUUGGAUUUAUAAUCAAUUGAUUGAAGACAAGGAGAUAGAAAUAGAUGAAAUUACAUACGAGGAAAAUAAUAAUGUGAAGAAGAUGUUCAUAAUUGCAUUAUGGUGUAUACAAUUGAAACCAUGUGAUCGUCCUUCAAUGAACAAAGUGAUAGAGAUGCUUGAAGGAAAUAUUGAAAAUAUUGAAAUGCCUCCAAAGCCCUCUUUGUAUCCAAAUGAAAUGAUUCAGGAAGACCUUGACGUCAACUCUAAUGAAAUUGAAUCUGAAAAUGAUGGCUCUACUAGUUUAAUCGAUGACGAAGAUGCAACAAAGUCUCUAUUGAUGAAUUCUGCUUAAUCAGUUCCACUUCUACUUCUACUUUGUCAGUUCAAAGAAGGCUCCGUUAUCUUUGUAGAAAGUAGAGUUCACAAAUGUCUGUUCAAAGAAGCUAGUGGAAUCACCUACUCAAUAAUCAAACUUGAUAGACAUGUGUGAAGUGAAGUUCUUCAUCACAUUAUUAUUAAGUGUCUCUUGCGAAAAAUUGGUUCAACAGACAAUAUAAACAAAAGUUGUUGAGUGUAAUAGAUUUCACCAUAUUUUAUUUGAAGUCAUUGGUUUUCUCGUUUACAGUUAA